GAGAUUUUGGAUUCGUCCUUAGUCUCGUGCAGUUGAGGUUUUCUUGGGAGCUCUUUCGAUGGAAAUUCCUUCAUCUUGGGAAACUCCAUACUCUUGUGAUUCUUCUGGCUGGGGAGCUUUCGAGAAAAGUUGCAUCUCUCCGCGAGAAGAGUUUUAUAACGCUCAGUCAAGAGCAUCGCCCAACAGGUUCGGGGCUGAAGAGCGUCUUAGCGGAGCAGCAACACCGAACAGGGAACUGAGCAAACACCUUCACAACACUUCGCCUACCAACAGUAGCUUCUCAAAGGCUUCCUUUGGAGGUGCACCGUUCGCUGUCAAGCCCGAGGGAGCACGUACUGGCGGCGGAUUAGCUCCCCCUUUCCUUACUUCCUCGCCUGCACUGAGUCUGGGAGGAAUGAUGUCGGGCAUGCCCAUUCGCCCUAACGUCGUCAUGAUGGAACCAGGAAGGGGAUUGACCAACCCAGGACCAGGCCAGAACGUUCGCGGUCCGUCACCUCAAGAAGGACAGUUCAGGUUCAUCUUGACAAGGUGUCGAUUCUUUUUCAUCUGAGUUGUCCUGUGCAGGAAUGGACCUUCCCCUCCGACUGGAUUCAUACCAGAAGUCAGUGCUCAGCCGCGAGUGGACGAUCUUGCCGAUCAGUUGGCAAACACGUAUCUGGAGCAGCAUUACAAUCCCCCUAUCGGCAACGGGCCACUUCAGAAUCAAAUGAUGCAUCAAAAUCAGCAAGGUAUGCUCAAUAUUCCGGAUCUCAUGUCC